AGCUCUGGCGCCUUGCCGCGGCCCGCGGCCCGGUGGCGGCGCGCGGGCCUCGAUGGCCUGGAGCAGCCAGGGGUCGCCGGCGAGGGGUCGGGGGCGGCCAGCGCGCGGCUGCGACGAGGAGCGGGCCCCGCGGCCGCCGCGGGGCCGCGCCGCGGACGAGGAGGUGGUGGCGGGCGCACCGAG